AUCAAAUACAAUAUGACCGAACACAAAUUAACAAAAUCUGCUGGCAUUACCCUGGGAAGUCCAAAUUUACGAUCCACCGUGAUACUUGGCGACAAUGGCGACACCAUGAAGUCCUCGUGCAUAGUCUCUCUGGAUAAAGAAAAGAGGAGCACUCUUGUGGUAUACCGCUCCACCAGGCUCUCGACCAUUGAGGAAGUUUUCGGAGUAGGAUUAUCUUAUGCCCCGAAUAAUUUCCGCUCAAUGAAAGUGAAACUCGACAGCCAUGGCAUAUUGGGGGCUGUACUGCAGCAUGAGUUCUUUAACAAGUUACUUCUAACACUAUCCACUGAAUUCGAUACCAAAGCCAUGAACAAGACUCCGGGAGUUGGGGUCACCGUUUGUUUGAGACAGCCAGAGCCAUGAAUAAGCCUCGAGAAUUUGAGCUGAGACCGAAAGAGAGGUAGCGUGCAGGUACCAACUGCUCAAAUCCAACUAUUAACUCGGAACUUUUCGUUAUAAUGAUGGAAAUAUAAAUCGACAUUUGUUAACAUUCAUACUUAGGGGAAUACUUCUGGCAAAAUAUGUUGUAUAUAAAUAAUUGUUCAACAUGAUUUCUGGUCCUCUGUUUUAUCGAUUGUGCACUGCCGAUAUGUUGAACUAUAACAAUGUAAAUAUGAAAGCA